AUGCAGUUCAACAAUGCCCCCGUUGUUCUAGCACUGGCCGGAGCUCUGGAACCCUCGUCAAGGACCAUACAGAUACCUACCUCAAGGAGGCGUGUUUUUUCGGAACCGUGCUUACCCGAACGCCUUCCAACCACUAGUUUCAUCCAGCGAGAAGCCGAAAAUCUUGCACCGAAGGCGGUUUCAAGACAUAUAUUACAUAUAUCCCCGCCAUCAGUUGAGCAGGUAGCCGAAAUACAACAAGUUCCUGCUCCACGCAUUCGACGGCUGAGUGAAUCUUUGCCCUCACCCUCAUCACUCAAGUCGCUAGUCCAAUCUUUUAUGACGACUCAACCAACAAAAUCACCUACUUCUUGGUCUGGUCUUCAGCCGUAUGAGGUCAUGAAAGCUGUCGAGCAGAGGGAUAUUAUGUUUCUGAUGCAAGUUCGAGACAACGCUUUUCAUCUUCUUUUACAAAGCUCUGGCGGUGAAACGCCUCUCGUUCAUGCCAUACGUAUCGGUAACAAAGAUGUUGCGAUUGUACUUCUUGGUGCCUUUUCGCGUUGGGUGAAUUACUUAGAAGACCAAGAUCUUCGGAAUGCGCAAACGCAGACAUAUCUGAAAGCUCUGCGGGUUGGCUUGAAAUUAGCCAUUAACGAGGACUUGGCCAAUUCGCAGGCCGAUCUCAUCGCUUCUUUUAUGCAAACCUUGAUCAUGAGCGAAGGCGACAAAUGGGUAUGGGCUCAAGUGUCCACCGUCUCACGUGCUUUGAAUUCUGGCAUGGAAGGAAAACCGGUUCACCUUGCCGGUGCCAGUGUUCGAAGAUUUGCUACGAAAGAACUUGGAAAAGCCGACCUGAUAGCGUCUUUGGAGGACUAUAUCGCCAACGCUACAGCUGAUCUUUUGAUGAUGGGGGCAUGGUCUGUGGUUCUUCAAUCAAUUGCGGGCGAUAAAAUCCCUGUAUACGCAUCUUAUUACUUUGCUAGAGAUGAUCGUGUUUACAAGGCUUUCGUGGAUCGAAUUGAUCGGCACAAAACGCAAAUUCAGAGCUCGUGCAGCCGACGAUUGAAAUGGCAGCUGAGGGUGCUGCGGGAUACCCUGGAAGGGCGUACCAUUACAUUUCGCCGGAAGGUUGAGUUGUUAGUCUCUCAAUUGGACGAAGGUGAUGGGGUGUGA